UAGGACACAACAAUGGCAGGCCUAACAUUCCAUCCCUGGAGACGCUCCAAGAGGAGCAUCCAGACCUGUGUCCAGUCAACAGAAGCGACCGGCCACCGAGCGUGACUGACCAUGGCCCUGUCAGCUCUGUGGCGCCGCUCUGUGAGCUGGAGAUCAGCCCUGACCCGGCUCGUGCAGCUCUUCCGCUCCCCCCAAAGCUCCGGCACCAAAGGCUCAGCCAACCUGCCUCCACCAGCCCCACUGGCAAGCAGCCCUGGUGCUGCUGUUCCAUCCAGUACUGCCCAGGGGGGGCCCCAGGGCAGUGGGAAGCCGCUGGCUGGGGCAGACCAACGUGCCCCCCAGGGUCAACUGCAGCCCUACGACCAUCAGGGGAGAGCAGUGGCCCCGGUCCCACCAGCGCGGCACAGCCAGCGCAGCCCUGCCAGCUCAGCCAACCCCUCCGGGACACCCCUGGGCAGUGGCAGCCCCCCAGACAGGAGCACCCCCAUGGAUGUGGACGUCACCCCGGCACUUAACAUCAGCCUGGCCAGUGACGUCUCCAUGGAGGAGGACGCCCCCCGCGGCUGCGACCUCUCGCUGGCCACCGACGUGUCCAUGGAGGAGGACACCGCCCGCGGCUGCGACCUCUCGCUGCCCACCGACGUCUCCAUGGAGGAGGACGCCCCCCGAGGCUGCGACCUCUCGCUGGCCAGUGAUGUCGCCAUGGAGGAGGACACCUCCCCGCCCAGGCACACCACCGCCAGCCCCUCAGCCGCACUCCAGCUCCAAGCCAUCAGGGAGCCUGGGGUGACUCCAGCCAGCCGCGCUCUGCUGAGUGGGAAGGUCCUGCCGCAGGGGACUCAGGGGCACUUGGCUUGCUCCCCGGGGGCUGCAGGGACCAGCCAGGAUGGUGGCAGCAGCAGCGUCCCCGUGCCCACGGACCGUGGAGACACCAAGCUGGAAAGGCGGGGGGCGAAGAGGAAGAGGGGCUCUGAGCCAGGGCCUGCCAUGAAGAUCAAGGCUCCCGCAGCCGGGGCUGGGGCAGGAAGAUUGGCUUAGGCCUGUUAAAGGGAUAGGUCGUUUGGGGACCUAUCCCAGUUUGAGGGAUAGGUCGUUUGGGGACCUAUCCCAGGUUGAGGCAUAGAUCGUUUGGGGAUCUAUGCCAGUGGGAGGGAUAGAUCGUUUGGGGAUCUAUCCCAGCGGGAGGGAGGGAGGGUGUUUAUGUGGGGAAGAUGUAGAUAGAGAUGUAGGGAAGAUGUAGAGAUAGAUGUAGACGUAGAUCCGUAGAUACUGUUACGUAGAAAACGUAACAGUUUUCUUCUGGUUACGGAAUAAAAGAUUUGAUUCCAA